AUGGAAGGCUACGAGAAGAUCGCUGGUAUUAUGGCUCAGCAUCAUGAUCUUGCAAUUUUGCGCCGUUUCAAUACAUUGAAUGUGAAGGAUUUGUUGUACAGGCAAGCGGAACUUGUCCACUUAGAAUCGGAGCUUCAUUGCAUAGCUGAAGAUGACCAGGGAAUCCCGGACCGCGCCUUCUACGCUCGUGAUUGGUGGUCUCUGGCCGAAUCCGAAGAUGAUAAUGAGAAGCGACAGUGGUCGAAAAUGUUGCAGAUCCAAGAAAAGCUGAAGGCAUAUAAUGAUCGACUAUUGCAACAAGUCCAAUUAAGUAGGCUGGAAGGACCGAAGACUUACGACCUAGACUUUCUACGCGAUUGGCUGGAGCGUCCAAAGAUGGGAAACUUCCCACUCAGAGGUCUCGAUCAACAUGCCUGGUCCAAAGAGAAUGAAACAGAUCUCGUUGCUAUUCGCCGAAGAGAAAAUGGAGAGCCGUUCUCAAGAUGGCUUAUCAAUACCGUUGUUCCUUAUUUUCAUAACAGAAUAGGAAAGCGAUUGAAAAAACCACACCCAGAGGAACCUGAAUCCGAAAUCACGGAGUAUUCAGACCACCGUCUCCUGACCAUUGCCGAUAUCCUUGGAACUAUCAUCUCAUGCCUUUUGCCAGUGAUGUCAUUCGUUAUUCUUUACUUCGUCACAGAUACUAUUGCUCGACUUGGCAUUACAGUCGCCUUCACCGUUUUAUUCUCUGUUGCUUUGAUGCUAGUGACCCAAGCACGAAGGAUAGAGAUCUUCGCUGCAACAUCUGCGUUCGCCGGCAUUCAAGUUGUUUUUAUAAGCGGCAACGUUGGCGGAGUGUUAUAG